AUGUCUCUUUCCAAAGAAGGGAUGCCGAAGGGAGCUGUUGCCGCGACAGAUGGUCGCCGGCAAGGAAGAAAAGAUUCUUCCAAAGGAGAAACUUCAAAAGGAGAAUCUUCCAAGGGAGAAUCUUCCAAGGGAGAAUCUUGGCUGCAGCUGGGAAAGGGGGGGAAAGAGGCGCGAGGUACGGCGCGAAAUUUCUUUUCGCUGUACCGGGAGUCCUCUCGCGAGGAGUCAGAGUCAGAGUCAGAGGCUGCAUCCCGAAUGCAGCCUCUGACUCCGCAUGCAGGGGACGAUGAGAAGCGUGGCGGCAAGGAGAAAAAGAAGGCCGACAAAGGGAAGGCGGUUUAUAGGGAUCCCUGGGUUAUGACCAACCCGGAUGUUCAGGUGGAGAAGAAGCGAGAAGUCGAGCCGAAGAAAGACGAAGGCGAGACUUCGGGUCUCUGGGGCGCCUUGGCAAAGCUGAGGCUUGAUUAUGACGAGUACCAGGAAGAGCGGGAGCUGAAUCAGAAGCUUCAGCGAGAGCACGAGCAAGAGCUGGAACAGAAGCGGGAACAAGAGCAGAAGCGGAAACAGAAGCUGAAGCUGAAGCUGCAGCUGAAGCAGAAGCAGGCCAAGAAAAGACGGGAACAUGUUGUUCCUUAUCACGAGGCGGAAGACGGCUGGAUGGUGGUGAGUGAGGGUCUGGACGAGUGGGACUUUACGGAGGAGAUUGGCCGCGUACUGCCUCAUUGA